AUGGCAAGACACAAGAUCCUAACCUUUACUGUGAUGUAUUUCGUCCAGGCAUGGAUUUUGGGUCUGGACUCCAAGAUGGUCAGUCUCCCUCUGCAUGGUCUAAAAUCCAACUUCCCCUUAAACAUGGCUCCAGACUCUGUUGAUGACUCCUACAAGGGCUGUGAGGAGAAGAUGCUCAGGAAGGUGCAUGACUAUUACCUGCCAAAAGAGAGACGAGAGAACAAAGAUUUCAACCAGGCUUGGACCGCUGCUGAGGACCAUUACAGAAAAAAAGGAAAACUGCCUAAAAACUAUUCCCUGGCAAUCCAGGUGUAUGUGAAUGCAACAUCAAACAUUUACAGGUCAUUCAACGCUGCCACUCGUACCCAAAAGGAGAGCUACAAAACUGUGUUCAAGUACCACUCCCUGCACUUCUUUUUGACCAAUGCCUUACGAAUGCUGAACAAGAACAACAAGAACAAGACUUUCCAAACCUUCCGUGGAUCUAAAGACGCUUUUGAGGGUGUCCAAUAUGAUGAAAUGCGAUUCGGACAGUUCACGUCGAGCUCUUUAGACAAGACUAUCACUAAACACUUUGGAAAUCGCUCCUGUUUUGAGAUCACCACCUACCUUGGUGCCUCACUGGGGGAGUACGCAUCUCAGAUGGCUCAUGAGAAGGAGGUGCUUAUUCCCCCCUACGAGGUGUUCAAAAUUACAGAGGUGCUGAAGAGAACAGACAAGAAAGACCUCUGGUGUGAUGUCGUUUACAAACUGAAGAGUACUAAGAAAGGACAAAGUGACCUGAAUUGCAGUUUGUUUAAACCACUCCAAGGAGAAUAA